UGGCUCGGGGUGCAGCUCUCCCGUGGGGGCUGCUUGGUGCCCGACCAUGGGCAAGGACCAGGAACUGCUGGAAGCCGCUCGCACUGGGAAUGUGGCUCUGGUGGAGAAACUCCUCUCUGGGAGGAAAGGAGGGAUCCUGGGCAGUGGAUCUGGAGCUAUUCCCUUAUCCAGCUUAUUGAGCAUCUGGCGAGGACCAAACAUAAACUGCACUGACAGUUCAGGGUAUACUGCAUUACAUCAUGCAGCUUUAAAUGGACACAAGGAUAUAGUUCUCAAAUUACUUCAGUAUGAAGCAUCAACCAAUGUAGCAGAUAAUAAAGGUUACUUUCCUAUUCACUUGGCUGCUUGGAGAGGAGAUGUAGAUAUUGUGAAGAUUCUCAUCCAUCAUGGACCAUCACACUCCAGAGUGAAUGAACAGAACAAUGAAAAUGAAACAGCACUGCAUUGUGCAGCCCAGUAUGGUCAUUCAGAAGUUGUUGCUGUUCUGCUAGAAGAGCUGACAGACCCCACAAUAAGAAACAACAAACUGGAAACACCUCUGGAUCUGGCAGCACUUUAUGGCCGUCUGCGCGUUGUGAAAAUGAUCAUCAAAGCCUAUCCCAAUCUGAUGAACUGUAACACAAGGAAACACACUCCUUUGCAUCUUGCUGCUCGUAAUGGCCACAAAGCUGUCGUGCAGGUGCUUCUGGAGGCUGGAAUGGAUGUCAGCUGCCAAACAGAAAAAGGAAGUGCCCUACACGAAGCAGCCCUAUUUGGAAAGGUGGAGGUAGUACGCAUUUUGCUUGAAACAGGAAUUGAUACCAACAUAAAGGACAGUUUGGGUAGAACGGUUUUGGAUAUACUUAAAGAGCAUCCAUCUCAGCAGUCUCUCCAAAUUGCAGCUCUACUUCAAGAAUAUAUGGAAACAGGAAAUGCAAGUAUUUCAGAGGAAUGCCCACUGGAAUGUGCAGAACAUCAGUCUUGCGUUUUGUCCCCUGAAGUUCCUCCGUCUCCAAAGGCUAAAAGUGAAGCUGUGACUGGAGAAUUAUCAAAGCUCUUAGAUGAAAUCAAAUUGUGCCAAGAAAAGGAAUACUCUUUUGAAGAUCUGUCUCAUACACUAUCAGACCAUUAUCUGGAAAAUUUUAGUAAAGUAUCAGAGGAAGAUCUUAUGACCAGUGGAAGCCAAACCAAGCUUAAUGUAAGGCCUUCUUCAAUGCGUUUAUCGCCAAGAGAGGAAGAAGAUGAUGAUGCAGCUGAAAAUACUUGUGGACCUUCUGGUUUAUGGGAGGCACUCACACCUUGUAAUGGAUGCAGGAACCUCGGAUUUCCCAUGCUUGCACAGGAAUCCUAUUCAAAGAAGAGAGGUUAUGCAUUGGAAGCAGUACCCUCUGUACCUCUGGAUGCAGUUCCUUCAGAAAAUGACAGCAGUCUUUGUGAUUCAAUAGACGUAGCAGUCACCAAAAAGCCUUGUUCCCUAGAGAUAGCAAGAGUUCCUUCCUCCAGACCAGAUAAUGCACCUCAGGUAGCAAUUACCGCACCAGGAUCUGGUAACCAUAGAAACAGCUCCACAGGCCCAACACCUGACUGCUCUCCUCCAUCACCAGACACUGCACUCAAAAACAUAGUGAAAGUCAUACGUCCUCAGCCAAAGCAGCGUACAUCCAUAGUAUCUUCUCUGGAAUUUCACCGAAUGAAUCACAGCCACAAUUAUUUUGAAAUCAACCCAUCCAUUGGCUGUGCAAGUUUUAUUUCUACUCCUGCAAUCAGUCCAGCUAAUUAUUCCUUUGGAUCUCUGGAAUACGGUCUUGAAGAGAAAGAACUUACAGAGCAACGUAGCCAGGGUGAAACAUCCACUGAAAGUGAGCUUCCUGAAGGACACCCCGCUGAGCAGUUUGCAGGUUUACUUCAUGGAUCAUCCCCUGCCUGUGACCCACCUGAAAAUCCACUGCAGCUGUACAGCAAAGUAAACCUGUGCAGUGGGCCACUGGAGAAAAACAUUUUGAGCAAGAGCACAGCGCAGCAGAUACAGCUACGGAAAGAGAGCAGCUCUGACCCUCCUGUUAAGAAAAAAAAGCCACCAAUUGUAAACAGAACCAUAUUUCAUACUAAGAAUAAACCAGCAGAAAAUCAUACCCUGGUUGGUGCACCAAGGAUCAGUGAACAAUGGGUUAUUACCACUGGGGGAUUUGUGGAGCGAGCGUGCACGCUGGGCAGAAUACGAUCUUUACCAAAGACCUUGCUGGAAAUGCAUUUGUGCAAAAAUGUUUCAAAAUCUGAUUCUAAUCUUAUCACCCAUCCACCAAAUGAUAAAAAAGCAAGAAGCAAUUGGAGUGAACCCACACCAAAGCCACAGUGCUCCAAAGGGAAUUCGGAGAGAACACCUUCCUUCACAUCAGAGUGGGAAGAAAUUGAUAAAAUCAUGAGUUCAAUAGAUGCUGGAAUUAAUACUGGACUGGGGGAGAUGAAAGAUCACGCCACAAGACCCCGAUGCCCUGUCCAGACAGUGGGACAAUGGUUGGAAAAUAUUGGGCUACCUCAGUAUGAAAACCACUUGCUGGCUAAUGGAUUUGACAAUGUGCAAUUCAUGGGAAGCAACGUGAUGGAGGACCAGGAUCUCCUGGAAAUAGGAAUCCUUAACUCUGGGCACAGACAGAGAAUACUCCAAGCAAUCCAGCUUCUCCCAAAGAUGAAGCAGAUCGGUCACGAUGGUUACAACCCCUCCUCUGUAGCUGAAUGGCUGGAUUCCAUUGAACUGGGUGACUAUACCAAAUCCUUUCUAAUUAAUGGCUAUACAUCGAUGGACCUUGUGAAAAAAAUAUGGGAGAUUGAAUUAAUUAAUGUCUUAAAAAUUAGCUUGAUUGGCCACCGGAAGCGUGUUCUGGCAUCUUUGGGAGACAGGCUUCACGAAGAUCCUCCUCAGAAACCACCUCGGUCAAUAACCCUCAGGGAACCCAGUGGUAACCACACUCCUCCUCAGUUGUCUCCAUCACUUAGCCAAAGCACUUUCACUACUGGUGGCUCCCUGGACGUUCCCCACAUUAUCAUGCAGGGCGAUGCAAGGAGAAGAAGAAAUGAAAACUAUUUUGAUGAUAUUCCCCGAUCAAAGCUGGAGAGGCAGAUGGCACAGACAGGAGACUGGGGAGAGCCUUCAAUUACCUUGCGACCUCCAAAUGAAGCCACAGCAUCAACGCCUGUACAAUAUUGGCAACACCAUCCAGAGAAACUCAUCUUCCAGUCAUGCGAUUAUAAAGCCUUUUAUUUAGGUUCUAUGCUGGUAAAAGAGUUAAGAGGCACAGAGUCGACACAGGAUGCAUGUGCAAAGAUGAGGAAGUCUACAGAACAGAUGAAGAAAGUACCAACCAUUGUCCUGUCUGUCUCUUACAAGGGAGUCAAAUUUAUUGAUGCCACAAAUAAGAAUAUUAUUGCUGAACAUGAAAUCCGUAACAUUUCCUGCGCUGCACAAGACCCCGAAGACCUUUCUACGUUUGCGUACAUCACGAAAGACUUGAAGACCAAUCACCACUACUGCCACGUAUUCACUGCGUUUGAUGUGAAUUUAGCUUAUGAAAUCAUUCUUACACUAGGACAAGCGUUUGAGGUGGCCUAUCAGCUUGCACUACAGGCACGAAAAGGGGGUCAUUCUUCAACCCUCCCCGAAAGCUUUGAAAACAAACCCUCUAAACCUAUUCCCAAACCACGUGUUAGUAUUCGGAAGUCAGUGCAGAUAGAUCCAUCCGAACAAAAGACUCUUGCGAAUCUACCCUGGAUUGUUGAACCUGGACAAGAGGCCAAAAGAGGCAUUAAUACCAAGUAUGAAACUACAAUUUUCUGAUACAAAACUGUCCCCCUGUUCCUUGUUGUGCCUUGCACGCCAAGCAGUCACAGCACAGCCUUUCCUUUAUGGCAACGUUUCAAUCCAGCAGAGAGGAAGACUGCACUGUAUGAGUGGCCUUGUAACUAACAAAAAAGGCUGACAGUCAUUUCUGGUGAUGUUCUUCUUCCUGCAGCACUGACUGAAGAGUGAUUCUAUAUGAAGACUUUUAAAAUUAAAGUCCACAAGAGGAGUGAGAAACCUUAUUUUUCGUGCAGUUCUCCCUUGUGACUCUGCCACAGUGCUUUCUUUGAUUUCUUAUUUUAGAAUUCUACUUUUUAAAGAAAAAAAAAACGACAAAAUGUCUCUAAACUAAUACUAAUGCUGCCUACGAGUAGAGUAUUUGAUUGGGUUUUUUAUUUAAAUCUUGGCAGUUUUUAAUUGAAAUAGAAGCAGAAUUAAUAAAUAGGUUAUUUGUGAAACCACUGAAUUCAUUAAUAAUUACUGUGUUGAAUAAAGAAUUCGUUAAAGUGACAAGAAAUUAGGCACCCUGAUUUCUGUGUGCACUGAUUUUAUAUGUAAUCAUUGAUGUCCUUUGAUCCUCUACAGAAAUGAGAGCCUCUUGCAUUGUAGCAAAGGAUCUGAGUUUUAUGAAUGGUUAAGAAAAGGUAUUAAUAAUGCACAGAAAACAUUUAUUAGAUAUUUUUAUGGAAGAGAAGUACUAUAGGAAAACAUAUGAAUAUUUAUGGAAGGAAGCCAGAUUAAUUAUGAGAAAUAUUGUUUAUUUUAAAGUUAAGUAAAUGACUGCUAUUGCAGCAUUAUGAAAAUUAUAAGAGUUGUAGCAUCAGUGCACUGGUGAUGUUCUGUGUGAUCAGUCUGAAAUGAAAGUGGAAUGGUCAUUCUACUACACCUACAUAUAGUUUAUGCAGUUCAACAUUGCUAUAGCCAUGAAUUCUAAUAGUAUUUUUAAAAAAAUAAUCUCAGUGGUUCUAAAAAAAAGUCAAAACCAUGGAUUUUGCUAUCAAGAUUUCUGUCACAGAAAGCUUGUUUGGAAGAGUGUUGAUAAAAUUCUACUGCAAAACAUUUUCUAAAUAAAAACAGCAAGAAAAAGAAAAAAAUUCCAAAGUAAUAAAAAUGUUUUCAUGAAACAAAAUAAUUAAGCAUUUGCUUAAUAUUUGGUUAAACAAGAUUUACUUACUUUUUCUUUAAAGUGUUUUAAUUUUUUUAAUGUCUGUGGAGUAUUUGUAUAAUACCAUGAUGUAUAUUUAUGUAGAACUGAAAUUAUAACAGUAAAAUAUCAUUAUAGGAGAAAAAUGACAUUUUAACGUAUAUUGUUCUUUCCAGUCAAAUUGUGAAUCAUUUUGAAGUUCAUUAUAGAGAUAUUGAUAAAUUGUGUGGUUGUCUUAAUGUUUUUUUAAUUAUUAUUUCAUAUCCAGCUGAGGUUUUUCAGUUAGAAUCAUCAGUUGGUAUAUUCCAAAAAAUGGAUAAUUGAACUUGGUUUAAAACUGAUAACUGUAUAUGGUUUAGUUAAACCUAAUCAUAGCUCUGAGUGAUGACAUCCUUUUAAUACAGUAUUCAAUUUACUUGAACAAAAUAGUUCCUUGUACAUAUUUUUGCUUAAUCACUGUUGAUAUGUACUUAGUCAACUGACAGUACAAAAAAAAAAAAAAAAAAAAAAACAACACUAAAAAUAUGGUACCAAAAGGAAAAUUGUAUAGGAGAACAGUAAAUAGUAGCCUCACUGCAACAAAUACUUAUGUAAAUAUGCUUGGGCUUCCAGUUAUAAAUUUUGUAAUUUUGUCAUUUAUUUAUAUCCUAUAAAAGCACACAAAAUAAAAGGAAGUUGUACAGUC